AUGAUAGAUCGUAGGAGUCAAAGUCCCAUGGCUACAAGCCAAAAGAUGGGAACAGCUAGAGCCAUUUUUGACACAGGCACAGAACAAGAACCGACUAAGCGAUUAACAAGAUCAAUUAGAAAUACUAGCACAGAUCCACAAUAAACAGAUUAAAAAUAAUAAUACCAAAAUUAGCUUACUUUGGGGGUUUAAGGUUCCUAUGAAUUGAAUUGUAUGUUAUUAGUUAAUUUGGAAAGCUUAAAAUUCACGUUAAUUUACUUAAGAGAAUUUUGAUUAUCGGAAACCAGAAACGGACACUCUCAAUUUUAGAACAGUUCAAACUUAUAAACCUUAAGAAGUAAGUACAUAGCCAAUUACUUAAUUCAAUUACUAAAGUUUUGAAUACAAAAAACCAGACGCUGGUCGUACAGGAUCUUACAUUUAGUCAGGUACUUGAACUAUUUAUCAUAGCGUACAAUACAACAUGUAUUUAAUAUAUUUAUCACUCAAGUUCAAGAACCUAUAGGCAGUUCACUUAACUAUCAGAAUAAAUCUGUGUACGAACCACCAAAAUAAGACAACACAUUUACAAAAUAUGAACUGAAUUCAUUCGAUAAAUAUAAAACUACUUUUGAAUAACCUAAAACUUAUGAUAAGUUUGAAUAAUACAAAUUUGAACCAAUGAAGUAUGAUUUUAAUAUCCCCGAAUAACCAAAGGAUAAUCAACCAUCGUAUAGAUCAAUUCCAUAAGUAUAACCCAAUUAAUCAGUUGUGUAAUUCAUUUUUUUAACUUAGUCAAACUCAAUAUACUCCUUACAAUCCUGAUAGAAUUACUUUGGAUACACAACUGAAUAGAACUACUUUAAACUAUCCUCUUCCAAAUGAAUCCUUAAGCGUAGGACCUAGAAAGACUGAAGAGCCAAUCAUGCCUUCGGAUCAUCAAAUCAAAACCCAAAAACCUGUAGAGCCUAUUAAAGCUAAAAAUCCUCCUUCAAUCCAUGCCGAAUCAAUAAAAAAUGAAUAAGUAUAUAGACCAACAACUCCAGUAUAUACUUAAUAAUAACAAUAUCAAUUAUCAGGUUAAAAAUUACCUGAAUCACAAUACAAGUAGGAACCAUUAGACAUGUUUAAUAAACCAAGUUAUAGAUGUAAAAUGUGAUGGUUUUAAGUUAGUUGAAUUACCUAAGAAAUUCAUUGAGGAGAUUGUAAUUAUAGAAAAUGAAGCUAAUGAACACGAAUUUAAUGCAGGAUGCAAGAUAUUUUGA